AUGUUCGAAAGGCAAACAAUCCUGGAUAGAUUGAGCAAACAGUUCAAGACGAUAAAGAUCAAGUUGAUCAAAGGAAAGCCAGGUCGAAUUUCGUUAAGGAGUCUUUUAAUACAUGCGUUCAACACGCUGAAAAUCACAAUGGAGCUGGCGAGGAAGGGCGAUGGCUGGGCCUCUUAUCUCCGGAAGGGACCCUCUGUUUUUCGAUAUUUCAUUUUGACGCUAACUUUACUUACUUUGGCAAUCAGUCUAUCAUGGUGAGUGAUUUCUCUACUAGUACUGAAGUAAGUGUUAAAAACUCUGGCUUCAUGGAAAUUGGGAGCUUUUUUCGGCUGUGCGUACAAACAUGUGUGCCCUUCUCUGAGUUCAAUGUUUUUACAGGGAAAAAGCGCCCAAUUUCCCGCCGCCCAAUUUCCAUGCAGCCAAAACUUUAAUUUGGCCUUCACACUCCUAUAAAAUCUAAAUAAAAUUAUGAUUAUUUGAAUUUUCCGCCCUCUUCUAAAACUCCCAAGGAAAUCCGAAUGGUCGAGUGGUCAGUGAGCUCUCGCAAUAUUUUUAGGCAAAAGUUGUACGAGUUUUAUUAAAUCAGCGAUUUAAAAUAAAGGAAAUUUUAACGACACUCGCAAUUAAUUAUACAUAAGGCAUUAUAUGUGUGUAUCUAAUGUUGCCAACAGAGAGUUACUCAGUGGAAAUUAAACACCAAAAACUACAUUUUAAACUUGACACUUUUUAGUUUCAUCUGCUUCAAUGUUUCCGUUGUCCACAUGACCAACAUAAAAUCAUCUCCAUACUAUAAUUCAUCCGAACCGGACCCAUUUUAUUACAGUAGUCCCGACAUUCCCAUAGCUGAUCGGAGAUUUUAUUUGAGUAACUCUGAACGAGGAUGGAUUUAUGCAGGUAAGGGAGUAGAAAUUUGCUAUUUUUGAUUUCAGCAUUGAAUGCUGAGAUUAAAAUAUCCUAAGAAACCACAGUAUCGACCUUCCGAAACAUAAAUAUUUGCUUGAGCAUUUACAGUUAGGGUGUUUCGAUAAAGAUCCCUACAUAAAUUAAGGCUUUUUGCAGCGCCGUUCAUCGGCGCGCUUCUUUUCGCCAUCCCAGUCACUGUGAUGAUGAGAACAAUAAAAGCAAGACACACACAGUUCAUUGUUGGAAUUCUCACAGCCGUCAUCACAGCAAUCACACCGCUCACUCUGACCAAUUUUCCGGUUUGGUUAUUUGUUAUCAUUCGAUUAUUUCAAGUGAGUUAUAGGCUUGACUGAUUACAUCACCAGUUGUGAAUCUGAAUUGCAAUAUUCAGGGAGCAGCCUUGGCCAACCUGUACCCUGUAAUUGGAGUCGUAGUUGCCAAAUGGAGUCCUUUAAGGGAGAAGGGAUUCUUUUUAUCCACUUUGACUGGUUAUCUCCAGAUCUCGUGCAUAAUUGCGAUGCCAUUAUCAGGGGUUUUGGUGCAGUUGGGUAGGUCCCCUUGUGUGUAUAAUAUUUUUACCUUCUUAGUUAAUUGGCCGAUCGUAUUUUAUGUGCACGGAGCAAUUGCUUUAAUCCUAUCUUUUAUGUGGUAUAUCUUCUUUACGAAUGAUCCAGCGGAAAAUUUCUUUCUCUCGAAAUUAGAACUUGAAUUAAUAAACUACAAAAGGAAUCCUUCGCCUCCUCCAGACCCUGUAAGUUUAUUAAAUUUAGAUUAAUCGUCAAAAUAAAGGUGAAUAUAUGGGAGAUCAUCAGAACGCCGAGUGUUCUGGCGGUGUUUGCCGCUGUCUUCGGAAACUUUAUGACAUUUAAUUUUGCAAAUACAUUCUUUCCGACAUAUCUGAAUAACUUAUUUGGAUUCUCUUCUCUAAAUGCAUCGUUAAUUGUAACUUUGGUAUUGCUUUUACAAUUCUUUGUAAAGAUCAUAACGGGUGUUGUCACCGACAAGCUAGAUAAAGUCGAAGAUGAGACCAAGGUAUGUUGUCCAUUGUAUUCUGUAAACUCUUAGAUCAAAUGGUGCAAUUCGAUUGCCUUUUGUGGGACGGCCCUCUUCCUCUCGAUUACGACUGUCGUUCCGCCUUCCUGGAAUAAUCUUCUUUCCAUCAUCGCCAUCUCCGCACCUUAUGUUUUGUUGGGUGCCAAUGGCGGUGGAUUCCCGAGAAGUGCCGUUUUGAUCAGUGGCCAACACACACCCACUGUCAUGGCGAUGUUUCAGGUAUGGCCUAUGUGAUUACAUAAUAGGGUUGUUAUGUCGUCAACUUGACGCGUCAGUCACGCCGUCAUUUUCAUCACUUCAAAUUGCUCUGUCGUUUUAAAUGUCAGAUUGAGCGUUUUUUGGAAAAUUUUUGAAGAUUUUUAAUAAAAAACGUAGAAAUUAAAAAAUUUUAGGAACUGAAUCGCGUCCCGACAUUUCGGGUCAGGGACAACUCGGGUCGCGACAGGUCAGGUCAACGACAUUUCGGGUCACCGAUACCGCUUAAUUAAUUUUUUUGCUUCGGGACUUGGAAAAAAGGAUUUUUUGUACAAAAUUUUGGAAUGUUUUCGCUUUGGGACUACCCCUAAAUCAACUAUUUAUCUAAAAAAUUCUAAAAAUUAUAUUUGUACCUUAUGUAAAAUAAAGUUGUAACAUUCAGAACGAUUCUCCACAAAAAUUUCUUUUCUCCAGUCCCGAAGUCAAAACAUUUCAAAAAAUUGUUCAAAUUCACCAAGAAAUUCUUUUUUCCUAGUCCCGAAGCGAAAAUAUUAAACGGUAUCGGUGACCCAAAAUGUCGUUGACCCGAGUUGUCGCGACCCGAGUUGUCCUUGACCCGAAAUGUCGGGACGCGGUCUAAACAACCAAUGAAAUAAUAUAAUAAAACUAGCUGCCACUAAUAUACACGGUAUUCAUCUUAUUCUAUGUUGAGCUUGCGUUUGAAAGCUUCGUAUAUCAGAAUUUUCAAUUUUUCCAAAAUUACGAAAAUGACGGAAAUAUGACGCAAUUUGAUGUCAAGUUGACGCCAGAUUGAAAAAUUCGUCAAAUUAACAACCCUAUUACGUAAUCAUAAUUGAUGAUGAUUAUUACAGGCCGUGUUAUGUGGGAGCUUCCUGAUCAGUUCCCUGACCGUCCCCGCCAUCACCCCCCACUCCACCUUUGAGGAAUGGAAGCUCGUGUUCGUAUUAUACAUCGUUCUUCUCCUUUCUACUAACGGGAUCUUCGUCGCUUUCGGCAGUGCGAAACCGGCGUCAUGGGCGUCAAGUCGAACAGCCAAUCUCAUUGUGCCUUAG